AUGGCCGAACCAUCUAGUAAAAAGAAACAUUUGUCCGCGCAUACGAUCCCUGGCACACGAGUGGCCAAUCGCACCGAGAUCUUUGACGAUGAAGAUGAAAUGGCCAACUCUGUAAAAGCUAGCGAUUCACAAAGAAUGGAAGCACUAAUGCAACAGCUUAUGGGCACUCCUUUUGACGUUUCUGACGAUACAAAUGCUGCUGAUGCAGAAGAACCGAAAGAAAGCGAACAAGAAGAGAAACAAGAAGAAGCAUUUGCAUUUCGGCUGUUCUCUAGCAAACCUGUUGCUCAAGUCAAUAUUAAGGAAAAGGACGAUGAUACGGCGGACAUGUUGGCAGAACUAGCAGCAAAGCAGCAAACCGUGGAUUUUGAACAAGAAAAUGAACCGGAUUUCAUUGAACAUAUUCAAGCAGCAGCUGUCGACUACAACGAUCUUCUUGUACAGUCUAAACAGCCGUACUACGCCAUGCAAUAUCCUAAACGUGUCACUCACAUACCUCUCGAUCAAAAGCAACAACAGCCAACCAAGAAGCAUCGAAAAAGCAAAAAGCGACGAGACUUUGAGAAGGCGGUACGAGAGGGACGGAUUCAUGUACAGCCUAAUAUGCGCAAUCCAGCUACACUAGGAGGCUGGUCGGGCUGGCCAGGUCAUCGCACCAGAUGCCAUAUCAUUUCAGACUUUUCAAAUGAUAUCAUGAAAAUUCCCAGGAAAAAUGCACCGUUUGCGGGUAGUGGUCGUGGCGGAAGAGGCAGCUUUAGGGGUCGUGGACGGGCGAGAUAA